AUGAUCAAGAUGAACUCUUCACAGGUUUCAAAUUUCACGCUUGUUGGCUAUUUUGACCCUGGAAAUUUUAAGUACUUAUAUUUCAUGAUUGUCCUGUCUUUGUACAUUUUUAUUGUCAGCGUAAACAUUUUGCUGAAUGUGGUGAUCUGCAUGAACAGAAGCCUACACGAACCUAUGUACCUGUUUCUGUGCAGCCUGUUUGUAAAUGAACUGUAUGGUAGCACAGGGUUGUUUCCAUUCCUUCUGCUUCAGAUCCUCUCUGACAUUCACACUGUUUCGGUUCCCUUUUGUCUCCUGCAGGUUUAUUGUUUACACAUGUAUGGAGGUGUAGAAUUUCUGACCUUAGCCGUCAUGUCUUAUGACAGAUACCUCGCUAUAUGUUAUCCUCUACAAUAUAACACUCGUAUGACACAUAGCAAGAUUGCCUCACUUAUUGCUGUAACAUGGAUAUUUCCUUUGCUUGCAUGUAUUGUCAUAAUGUAUUUGAAUUCCCAUUCGCAGCUGUGCGGGAACAUCAUUCACAAGGUUUACUGUGAUAGCCACUCUAUUGUCAAGCUUGCAUGCUCCGAUGCCCGUGUCGUUAAUAUAUAUGGGCUCAUUGCAUCUUUUGCCACACUCUUUGGUGCUUUAGUUUUUAUCGUAUUCACUUACAUGAGGAUACUCAAAGUCUGUUUUUCUGGAUCCAAACAGACCAGACAAAAAGCCGUCAGUACCUGCACACCUCACCUUGCUUCGCUGCUCAACUUUUCUGUUGGGGCCAGCUUUGAAUUAUUACAGAGCAGGUUUAAUAUGAAGAGUGUCCCCAACAUGUUGCGGAUUUUCUUGUCAUUAUACUGGCUGACAUGCCAGCCGCUCUUCAACCCUGCAGUGUAUGGACUGAAUUUGACCAAAAUCCGUGUAGUGUGCAAAGAUGUAAUGUAUGUGGAAAUCUAA